AUGGAGGAAGAAUACAAAGAGAUCCUAGAAUUCGCCUAUGAGCUGGCUGAAAAGGCGACCGACAUGAUUCUCAAAGGGUCAGCGGCAAGGUGGACCAGUAAGAAGGAUGCAGCAGCUAAGAUGAACUCUGUUGACCUUGUUACGGAGACCGACCAAGCUGUAGAAGAUAUGAUCAAAGCUGCUAUAGCUGAGAGAUAUCCUUCACACAAGUUCCUUGGCGUAGCUGACUGGCAGUUUCGUACACUCGAAUUCUCUGCUCGACUUGGCGGAGGUGCCUUUCUGAACCGCACUACUCCUCUUCCUUUGACCGGUGGAAUCCCUCAACCUUUGACCGAGUUAUCGAAAUGCAUGAUCGGGACUGAAUGGGGAGGUGAUCGAUCCCAACAAUGUAUGGCGAAGAAGACCGAAUCCUUGUUCAGGCUUGCUGGGGAUCCCACCAAAGGUGUUGAGGGCGGUAGAAUGGUUUAUGCCCUUCGAACCCUCGGAAGUAGCGUCUGUACCAUUGCUGCCUUAGUUUCAGGUCAAUUAGACAUGUAUUGGUAUGCCGGAUGCCAGCCAUGGGAUGUUUGUGCCGGUGCCAUCAUCGUUUCUGAAGCUGGAGGCUUUUUCUCAGGAGGCAAAGAUGCAUUCUACAAUAAUGCUCCGAUGGGAGAAAUUCUGAUGAGCAGGAGAUACGUGUUUGUCAGGCCUCUUCCGGACUCGGAGACGGAAACAAGAGAGCAAAUUCAACGUCGUUUGGUGAAAGAGCUUUAUGAGACUGUCAUCGAAUGGACCAACGAGGGUAUGACCACUUGA